AUGAAUGUCGAUCAAAUUUUAGAUUUAUUAGAAGAUUCCGAUUUAGAAUUUGAAGACGACGACGAUUAUGAUGCAGAUCCAACCUUUACUUUAACUAAUCAACAUGGAAAUAAUAUUUUGUGCGAAUCAAGUGAUUCUGAAGUAGAAUUAGAGGACGAACAACUUGAAACUGGUAGACAAUUGGAAAAAAAUGUACAGGUUAGUGUCGAUGAUAGUAUUAUGCGUAACGAAAAAGGUGAUACAUCGGUUUUCGAAAAAGUUAAAUGGCGCAUACAAUCAUUUACAUCUAAAACAUUUUCCGAAAAGGUUCCGAAAACCGUACCUGUGGGUACACCUAUGGAAUAUUUUAAAAAAUAUUUUACCGAAGAAUUAUAUGAACUAGCGGCGUUGUGCACUAAUCAAUAUUACAUGGAAAAUACGGGUAAAGUAUUAAAGACAUCUUCCAUUGAAAUGAAACAAUUUUUUGGAAUUCACGUAAUUAUUGGUUGUAUUAAAUUUCCUCGUCUCCGCAUGUAUUGGAGUGCUAAGUUUCGAUAUGAUCCUGUUGCAUCGAUAAUGUCUCGAGAUCGUUUUUUUCAAUUGAGAGUUAAUUUACAUUUUACAAAUUUGGUUAGUGAUGAAAUGAAAAAAAAUAACAAACUAUGGAAAGUUCAACCACUCAUAGAUUUUGUAAGGAACAGGUGCUUAUCUAUUGAGCGAUCAUCAAUUUAUUACUCAAUUGAUGAACAAAUGAUACCUUUUCUUGGACGUUGUCAGAUAAGACAGUUUGUGAAAGGUAAACCUAGGCCAGUUGGUCUUAAAAAUUUUGUAGUUACUACGUCCGAUGGUCUAAUUAUUGAUUUCGAAAUAUAUCAAGGACUUACCACGCCUUUUCCUGACAAAAGUCUAGGACUUGGACCGGCUGUAAUUUUACGUCUUAUUGAUACAAUACCAGAAGGUUCAUCUGUAUUUUUCGAUCGAUAUUUUACGACUAUUCCGUUGAUGCAAAAAUUAGUACAGCUAAAAAUUCAUGGAACUGGUACUAUACAAAUGAAUCGUCUGCAGAAAUUUCAAUUUAAAGCAGAUUCAAAAAUGAAAAGAGGGGAUUUCGAAGAAAUUGUAUCUGAUGAUAAAAAUAUUUCUAUGUUGAAAUGGAAAGACAACAAGUCAGUAGUUACGACAUCAACAUGUUACGGAGGUUUACCGACAACAACAGUAUCCAUAUGGGAUAAAAAACAAAAAAAACAUAUUGACGUACAAAUUCCUAAUAUGAUAUCAAAAUACAAUGAAAAAAUGGGCGGUGUUGAUCAUUUUGAUCAAAUGAUGGAAUAUUAUAGAACUUGGUUAAAAACAAGAAAGUGGCCACUUAAAGUUAUACUACACUUACUUGACCUAUCAGUAACUAACAGCUGGUUUGAAUAUUUAGAAGAUUGUAAAAUAAAUAAAAUACCAAAAAAAAAAAUUAAAGAUUUGCUUCAGUUCAGAUUGGAAAUUGGUGAAUGCUUAACUAUGGCCACCCCACCACCGCCUACAUGUCAAAACACUGAAAACGAUGGAGAACCACCAAUAAAAAUAAAACCACCCGCACCUAUACCAGGAGACGAUGUAAGACUAGAUGGAUACCAUCAUUGGCCGAGAGCAAUGGACCUUAAAGCGCCUCUAAGUUGUAGAUACAAAGGUUGUACAAUGUUCAUCAAAGUUUCUAAUCAAUUAUCAAACCUAAAUAUUUACAUGGAAGUUAACCUGACAAUUUUUGGCAGUUACAAAAAUUAG